CCUCAUGAAACCUGACUCUUGAUGCUGGUGCCAUAUGGCGCCAUGGUGUUUUUUGCCACAGGAUGCUACCUAUCGACGGUGGUAGCAGUUGCAGUUGACUACUUUGACAGCUUUCACGGCCUUGAGUCCGACUUUGGACAGGAUGAGUUGUAUGGUUAUGGAAGCGGCUUUCGGGACAGACGAGGUCCAAGUGUUUAUGAUGACUACUUUGGUGGGCCUUAUGGCUCGUUCGGGAACUUUCAACAAGCUGACCGCAAGGAGUCAGGCAAAGAUGAUUGCUCUCGGAUUGAAGCCGAUGGGAUUCCCUUGGCUGACUUGCUGCGAGAGGCUGCCGAGAACCUUCCGCAAAACUUGUUGGAGACACCCGAGCAAGUUCUUGAGUUGGUGAAGUUCUUCUCCAGCCAGGAGCAGCGAGUCUUUCUUCUGGCGCACUGUCCGCAAGCUGUAGUCCUUUCCAGUAUUUUGCAGGUCGAGUUUGAGGUUGCCAAAAUGUCAGCAGGCCACUGGAGAGACACGUUGACAGAACUGACAGAACAUCCUGUCCAAAGUGACAUCUGGAAGCAGACAGUUGCAACCCUCAGCGAGAUUCUGCAGACAGCACCCACGCUGAGGAGCCCAUACAAGGCACCUCCGAUUUGGACCGGAAAGCCAUGGGGCGACGUUUUGGGUGCUGCGCAGCACCGGACUGGACUUCUUCUUUUCCCAGUAGGUGAGCAGCAGUUCCACGUUGAUUUUGUUCCUGCUGCGAAUUGGUCUAUUUGGGCCAAUCGUCGCUGUCGAGGGCGCAGGGACUUGGGCAAUCUUCAGGGCGUGCCGUUGGGCACGUGCAUUCAGAAAUGCUCUCAGCACCCUUCUUGCAGGUCUGCCACCUUCUGGCACUGGCAGCCUGGGGGUAUGGGCUUUGAUCAACGAUGCUUUUUGUCUUCAUCCUGCACCUAUCAACUCUCCACAGAUGAAGGUGCCGAGGGAGCCUUUCUGUUCGAGAAACUUGCUUCCCUAUCACCAUUGGAGCAGGAGUUGGUGCAUGAAACGAUCCGAUCACCCAGUGCUGACUGGGCGCCCAGGGCUGGCCACCAAGUAGUGGCAGUUCGCACUGACAAUGGGACGCGCUUAGUGCUGAUGGGUGGCAUUGGUGUCAAUCCUUUUGCCAACACCACAGCGGAAGAAGAUGGGAAGAGCAAGCCCGCUCAGGAUAGCAAGCGACAAGGCAAGCUCAAUGAGAAAAAGCAGAAAGCCGGCAAAGGAAAAGGAUCUGCAACCAGAGCAGAAACCCGAUCAAGAAGGACCGCCAAUGCAACUGGGAGGCUAGAUGUUGUUCAAGCAUACUUAUCUCGCCAUGUUGAGCUGAGUGGUGAGCUUCCACCUCUUCGUUCUCUACCGUAUGGCAGGCUUGGGGACGUCUGGUGGAGCGAGGAUGAGGGCGCCACGUGGAACAUGGCCCAGCAAGUUGCUCCAUGGGGUCCAAGAGCUUUCUUUGGAUCUGUGGCGAGUGAAAACCACCUGCUGGUCUUCGGUGGCAUCAAGAAUCUUGAGGUGACAUCCAACAGCAGUCUUGAUGAUCUUGGGCGGCAGUACGUCAACGACGUGUGGUAUGCUUCCUUCCCUGAGCUUCAAUGGCACGAGCUUCCGUUGGCACCUUGGGAACCUCGAGCUGGUUUCCAGGCUUUGGCCCGAUCUCUGGAUGCCGUGGGCGAGGAAAUUAUUCUUCUUGGGGGCCGGUUGGAGAAUGGCAACCUCAAAAACGAUGUUUGGUCGCUGAUGAUAGAGCUUCCAAGGCAGUCCAGUACCUCAACAUGGAGGUUGCUCACAAAAUCGGCUGAGUGGUCUCCUCGUGCAGACUUUGCGUGCACUUUCACUCAGCCGAGAAGUGUUUGGGUCUUUGGAGGAAGCAAUCAGGAUGGGAGAGCCCUAGCAGAUGCCUGGUAUAGCACUGAUGGUGUGUCCUGGUUCCAGGCACAAGCUGCGGCUUCCUGGGGGCCACGAAUUGGUGCAACUGCUGUCACAUUGCAAUGGCAGG